GUCUUAAUAGCAUAAUUCUCUGCACCAUACAACCUUUAAGCCCACUUGUUAGACUUUUGUAAUUCAUAGGUGCGAUGUCCCUUCCAUGCGACACUGGCUCCGUUGAGCUGGCGACCUACAGGAGGUACAUUUCAGAGAAGUUAAAGGUGGGCGAGAGACUAGAUCAGCGCGGGAUGAGCGAUGUACGGCUUCCCAAGGUCUCGCGUAAUGUGGGCGCCACGCUCACAGGGAGUACAGGAAGUAAAGGCGGGGAUAGCUUGCUGUCUUCCGUCUUGUACACUGAUGACUACGGUACUAGUAUUAUAUCGGACGUGCACGCCGUGUUCGGCCCUCCGCAUACACAGACACCAGAUGAGGGCCGCUUCAAUGUUUCUGUAACGGCACCUUUUUUGAAGGAUAACGGCGGCUUUGCUUCAGCCGGUAAUCAGAGCAACACUGCUAUCACCAACGGCUUAGCAGAUUAUCCGCUUCGGCAGACAGAGGGCUAUGUGAGAAGUGUCCUAGAAUCUUGUUUAGACCUCCAUCAGCUGUGCGUGUACGUUAAUGAGGCAUGUUGGGUCCUAACCGUGAAUCUGACACUGCUAAACGUGGAUGGUACGUUGCGAGCCUCGGCGCUUCAUGCUGCAGUGGCCGCACUGUACAAUUUAACCUUACCACGGGCUCAGCUUCCUAAUGGCGAUGUGGUUGAACAAAGGAGUCUGCGCUUCUCUUGUGUGCCGGUUGCUUGCACCUUCGGCCUUCUCUCCAGAGAGCCUCUGAGCUUUCUGGUCGAUACGACUGCGAUAGAGGAGAUGGUUUGCGAGGGAGUCAUAACUGUGGCUGUGGAUGAGGCUGGCGGGUUAGUAGAUUUCUACCAGUUGUGUAGCUGCCCUCUACCUCCGCAGGUGCUUUUGUCUUUCCCUGAGGCGGCCUAUCGCUUGUCAGGGGGUAUUCGGGAGCGUUUAUUAGUUGACUGA